UGUGUGUCGUGAAGAAGGUUGACUCACGUUAACCAAACAAAACACAGACGGUAGGUUGACAUGUCUGGAAUUUAAUGGUUUCUGUUGGGAACACAAGUGCUGCAGCGGUGCAGCUCAGGCCCUCUAAAGACAUCUAACGUUUUCUCAACAUCUAGCUACAAAGCUCAAGGGCGGACACCAUCUGGUGAGAAAUGGCAGAGGGAGGUUUUGACCCUUGUGAGUGCAUCUGCACCCAUGAGUAUGCUAUGAGGCGCCUAAUCAACCUGCUCAGGCAAUCUCAGUCCUACUGCACAGACACAGACUGCCCUCAGGAAUUGCCAGGUCCAAAUGGGCCAGUCAGCGGAGGAGGUGACCUGACCCUCCCCAUGGUUCUGAUGGGAUGGGCCGUGCUGGCUCUGCUCCUGUUCCUGUUGCGCCCAUCCAGUCUCAGGGGUUCCCGUGCCUCAGGCAAACCUACUGGACCACACAAUAGCGAUGGAAGAGAGCCUCCUGCACCUCCUAUUGACUAGCAGUGGAGAGCAGCAACCCUCACCCACCUGCUCUGACUGCAGCUGCACAGUGAAACAGUGACUGGGACCAGGACAGUGCCAUCUCCCCCUCAUAAAUAUCUUUUGCUUUACUCAUAUUUUAAUACCAUUGUGUGUUGGGGUAGAUCUUAUUUCUAGAGCUCAACUGCUACUGGAUUAAUGAGCCCAAUACAGAUACGAAAUUUCAAAGUUGUAAAACAUGGCUUUUUUUUUUUUUUUUACUUAAACAUUCAAUAUUGCGCAAGUAUUGGUUAUUUUUUACAAAGAGAAAGAUUGAGGCAGGAUAUUUUACGGUGGAAACAAAAAUCAGAAAGGUUUGUGGGAAAUUUAAUAACCAAACAGUACAUAGAAACACAUUUUUUCCACAAACACAAAACUUGAAUGAAAGUUAUGAAAAAUGUUGUUUCGUAUAUCUGCAGACAUCCCAUUUCAACCGAUAAUAUUGGCUGACAAUGUCAGCAUGUUGAUAUAUCAGUAUGUGCUAUUCAACAAGUCUUUAAUCAGAAGGCGUGGCAUUGAUCUGAGCAUUGCUGCUGACUGGUCAGCAGUUACAUGAACCCAAAAUGAAGGAAUGUGUCACUCGUGUUGGUGGAAAAAUGAGUAUUGUUGUAAGAGUGCUUGCUGAGUAAUGAUGAAGAGUGGCGGGUUCUUCGGACUCUUUGAACAUUCCUCUCUUUCCAAAGCUACAGUUCUAAACGGUGCCAGUAAUGAUGUCCUACCACAUGUUUUAAUAACAUAUUUAAACCAGCAAUAUAAUUAAUGAAAUAAAUUAGAAUUACAAUAACAUGGCGUAUUGAUUUUAAUGCAGUGAUUUCCUUUUAUGUUUACGUACAGUCCUUAAUUAGAUUACAUACUCCAGCAAAUAGUCUGGUUUGAACAUGUCUGUCCUUUUAAGUAACUGUUGGUUACUGUAGUUUAAAUGAUUUAAGACAGCAGUGACGGAUCUUAAGGGUCUGUUUAUCUGACAGUUAAAUGUUCAAUUUUCAAACUUGUAUCACAUAGUUGAAAUGAACUGAAUUGCAAGCGUACAGCUAGGGUGUGUUAAUUGUGGUCAUUGUAAAACAAUAUACUCGGCGUAAACAUUUAAUAUUGAAAUUAUUAUGUGUACUGUAAUUGUUUUGAAGUAUAUACAUAUAGAUUGGUAUACUCAAUUUGUAGCAGAUAAUCACAUUUUAUUAGCACUUUAGUUGUGGUAUGUUGUUUCCUUAUGCAGGUGUGUUUUACUGAUUCAGCUGUCUAGAUGAUAGGCUUGUGGAGGUGAGGACCUGUUCUUUUCUUACUGAGAAACGCAGCAGUGUGUGAAUAAUGGGAGCAAUCUAAAGUUUCUACUUCUGCAUAUUCAAAAGAAUUAAAAGGAAAGGAGCAUGGGAAGUUUUUGGUCUCAAAGCUACUUUUAGAGAACAACUUCUUGAGAAAGAACAGCAAUGGCUUAGCUCAUUUCUUUUUUUAAUUUGAUAAGAGGACAAGAAAAUAAUCUGCAGUGAAAGUUUUCACUCAUUUCCAUGGUUUACACCAGAGGUAAAACUAGUGAACAGAAAAAUAUCAACACUUAAUGCAGAACAUUAUAGUGGUGAAUGUCUUUUGUUCCUUAACUAUGUAUGUAAAUGUUGGUGGAUAUUUCAACAGCACCAUAAACUACAUAUAGACGAGAAUCAACCCUUUGUUACAGACUCAAGAAAAAUGGAACAUUAUAAUAGGUGGUAUUUUUUUAUACAGUGUGUAUGUCUAUUGUUGAAUAUUGGAUAGCGGAACAUGAUGGAGGGUUUCAAUCAUUGCCCAUAUCUUUGUUGUGCCACUGUCAUGGCAACAAGGCUAAUAAAGUGUAUAUUGGCCUUGGACUAGUGAUAUCAGAAAAUUGCAUGGAUAUGUGUCUUUCUUGAACAUGGUGUAAGAGUUCAGAACAUGGAUAUGAUCUGCAACAACUUUGGGCUGAGUUCAUCUCAACAGUCUUCAGUGGCUAGCUCUUAUUUGCCAUAUCAGCGAAUGUCCUCUGAAUAUUUCUCUACUAAGUCUUUCUAGACUCUCUCGGGGGAUUGCAGGGAGAAUAUAUAAGGAAGGAAACAGUUAGGUAAACCAUAGUUGUUUAAGGGGGGAACAUGCUAGUUUGUUGAAGUGAACGAUCUGGUACCACAGGAGACCUUGAUAUGCAGUGUUUCUGUCUAAAAGAAAAAGGGCUUCAACUAUGCACUUUUCCUAUAACAAACAAAAAAAUAAAUGACUAAAUCUU